GGAAAGGACACGGUGCGACAGGGAAUGGGUGGGGAUGACUUUCUAAGUGUUUUCCAUUUACUUCAUUAAUCACAUGAAACAGGCAGACACACAGAAAGGAGCUCACUGCAGUGUCUGACCGAAAACAUAGUGGACCUUUCCAUGUUGUCAAAUGUUUAACUGCAAGUCAGUGAAGAAAAACAGGAACAACAUCACUGCUACUGGAUUCAUGUUGAAGAAGUAUGGAGGAUUUCAGCCUGGUGAGAUGUGACAGCCUGGAUGCUGGCUCAGGGUAUGACAGGGAGAUGAUUGACCAAAUGAACUUUGACCCCGAGGGCUCUGACCCCACUGUGAGCAGGGAGCCUUCACCAGCAGAACUGGCUCAGUGUGAGGCUGAGGUGGGCACACUGCUCAGCAUCAUCGCUGAACUGAACAAGAAGAUGGGGUCAUUAAAGGCACCGAGUGACCCAGGGGACCUGAGAGCAUCAGCACCAUCCAGACCUUUGGUUCCUGACCUUCUGUCUCACAGGCUGGUCAGACAAAGCCCAGAGAGACAAACCACCUCUGUUGCCACAUCUAAGGUUCAACUGACUGACCAAGGGGGCAGUGGUGUAGUCUGGACAAAACUGCAGAAGGUCUUAACAUCAGUGGAGGACUCCAUCAGCUGUAGAAGGACCUGGGCUGCUCCCAUCACAGCCUCUGACCUGGACAAACACAGAGAGCAUCUGAGAGCAGCCCAUGAGAGCUGGUUUAAAUCCACUCAGAUACUGGAAGAGAUGGAAAGAGAGUUGGGGAUAUCAGCCUUGCUAAAGGACCAGUAUCAGGGAGAACCCCAGGACCUAGAGAAACAUGACUAUGCUCUCAGGAGCACCUUGUACAGUCACCAGGAGGAACUGGGCAGAGCACCAAACUCCAAGAGCCAAAUGGAGGAAGAAAAGUACAAGCUGGUGGGUCUCCAUAAGGCCUGGAGGUCAGGCAGUUGCUCGCCCUCCUACCGGCCCACUGCUGGAACUUUCAGUCCAGACGUGGGCUCUCCUCCUUUUCCUGGUUCUCCUUUACUCCACAGAAGAACAGCCAGGUUUUUAGCACCUCUGUCCACAGGUGGAGAUGGAUCUCCACUGGGCUCCGUAAACUCAGGCAGCCCUUGCCCCAGCCCCGUCAGCCCAGAGCCCGAGACCGAGCGGCUGAACAGGUACAUCGAGAGGCUGAAGGCCAGAAAUGAACGUCUGACUGCAGCUUUGGAGCGAAGGAAGGGAGAGUCAGACCAGAUUAAUAUUACACUGCACAGACUCGAGUCUGACUGCUCUGCUCUGCAGAUGGCUCUCAAAAACUGUGAGGAGUGUGAAGAGGCCUACAGCGAGCUCCUGUCACUCUAUGAGGCCAAGAAGCAGCAGAGCUUUCCUCUGCCGACAGACCCAACAGAGGCAGCUGGAGACAAGGAGCAGCCUGACAGUCCAUCGUCACAGCACAGAGAUAUGAGAAAUGAAGAGCUGUCUACCUCCUUCUCAACAGCAGGGGCCACAGAGGAGACAAAAGCAGGGCAGAGAACAUCUGAGCCGGUGAACCAAGAGGAUGUUCUCCGUCAGCAAAUUGAGAGCCUGAAGAGAGACCGGGCAGCCAUUUGUCUUCCUAAACCAAGUCCAGAAGUGGAGAGCAAUCUCAGCCCUGAGAUGGGUCACCCGGCUGGCUCGAGAGGAGGACAUGUGACUAAAGAUAAUGUCAGACCUCUUGAUGCCAAGAAAGAGAAGGCUUCCCCUUUCUAUGAACUCAUUUCAGUCAGGGAGGAGAUGUCAGAUCUGCGCUCUCUAAUCCGCCUUAAAGAGAAAGAGCUGAGGUGUUUGGAGUGGAGUUUAAUGGCCCAGAAAGCCCAGGAAGCAGCUGGAGUUUUUGUCCCCGAAAGUCUCAGAGAGGAGCUGGAGGACUGUAAGACUGAACAACAGAGGUUCUGUGAGACCACAGCUAAACCAGCUAGUGACGGAGACAGUGCAGAGGCACGGACCAGGCCCAUUCUGAAAGAGCUGCAGGCCAUCCUGCAAAGAGAACAAGUCCUGAAGAAGAGAUUAGCCAUAGUUCAGGACUCAUUGAGCACAGCUCUCCCUGACAGUGCCUCACACAGAAGGAACAACAACGGAGAGUACAUUGCGCGGCUCACUCAAGCUCACAGUAAAGCCUUGAGCUCAUACCGGCAGAUUCGCAGAAAGUACCGGGAGCAUGUAUGGAGGCUGGAGCAGAAAGUGGCAGCCAUGACAGAGAGUUACCACAACCAGGGUGGAACAGCGAAAAUGGCAGGAGAGGCCGUGGAGUGGAAGAGGGAGGAGACUGUACUGUGAUUCUGUGACCCUUAGGUCAGAGAAUCUAUCAUUUGAACGGCCAAAUUUUAUACACAUCAACCACAGUGUGCAUUUAAAUGUAUAUCAUUUUAAGCUUCCCCUCUGCACUGAUGAAUUAUCUUUAAUUCUCUUUAAAUAGAAAAGGAUAUUAAUUUGUAAUGAUUGGUUAAGGAUUUAAUCAAUUAAUCAUUAACUAAUCAUUAGCUAUUCAUUGACCAAUAUUUCUAAAUAUGUAAUAAAUAUUGAUUCAUACUGUCUGCAUCUGCAAACAGGCCGCUCCAACAUGGACACUCAUUUAAGUAAUAUGGCACGUCAGGCUGGGACGCAUGAGCAAAAUUAGUCUUCUUCUUUUUCUUUUUUUUCAGGGAACAUGGAAAAUAUGACGAUGCCUAAAAGAUUAGUUCAUGUUAGUAAAUUCUAAGGUCAUGGUUAGCCAUUAACCAAUGAUCAGUUAAUGAGUUCAUUAUUAAUUAAUGAUUAGUUAACCCAUUUUCAGAUACCUUAUUGUGCUUUUACCUGCAGCUGUAUGAGCAAACAAAUAUUUCAUCUAACCACACAAAGCAUUACGAAAAGUGAGUAGAACUGGGGUCUCGUCUGAGUGUAGACAGUCAUCUGCCCACAGUUACAUAAACUGUUUAUAAAUGGAGAUGAUUAAGUGUCAUGGCAACUCUCCUUGGAAGAGAGCUUGUCCCCAGAUGGCUCCAAGGGCUAAAAGCAGAAUGGACAGGGAUGUUAAAACAAGCUCAGGGUAACAGCUGAAAUGAAUCGUUAGAGCCGGUUAACAUCUCUGAUGAUGAGUCCACUAUACACAAACUAGGUAAUUACACAGCAUCAACAGUCUUUGCAUUGCCACUGUAUCUGUCAACGAUGCCAGUGACACCUGGAGCUGUCAGUCGAGGCAUUCAUUGUAUGUCUCUGGAGGAGCACAUUUAGAGUAUGUAGGGCAGAAGAACGUGGAACCACUAUGAAUUACCCCCCUCCCAACCCUCACAAGCAGUUGAACAUGACUUGUUCAACAUGACACACAGAACAAGAUCCAUUCCUUAUUUCAGAGAAAUGGUUGUCAUGUAGUCAUGAAUGUGUAAGGCAGACUCAUGGACUGAACCUGCUGAGAACCUCAGUGACUCACGUGUCCUUUUUCCCAUACAAGCUGACUCAAAGCCUGUCCUAGCUGCCCGUGCUGAGUGAGAAGGGGGAUGGGGCCAAAACAAUGGCUGAUGUGCACACAAAAUGUUGGGCCAGUCCAUUUGUCUGCUUUGCAAUUUCACAGAUAUUACUAUUUCACUCUUACUGCCUUUUUCGCUCUUUUAAUGUUUCUUUAAGAGUUCUUCACCCAAAUUAUAUUCAUAAAAUGUUCUCUUAUUAGUAUCGAGUAUCUAGCGAUGCAGACGGUUUGUCUACUUUUGAGCCCUUGGCUUCGUUACAGGUUGCAUUCUGUGCAACUCAAGACUGUUUAAUUCAAAGAAGUAGAAAAUAUACAUCAGGGAGAGAAAAAUUACGUACAACGUCGUAUGAAAAAAAGAAACAUAUUUCAUCCAUCUUUUAGUCCUUAGUAGGUUUAACAGGGUGUUAUAUAGUCUGGUUAAUUUGAACAAUUUGUUUCCAUCAUCUUCAAGUUCACAAUAGUUACUCCACAACAUCUGAAUAAUGUUAGUUUGAAUUCUUUUUAAGAAAAUCAUAUUUAUAUUAAAAAAAGAAAUCUGCCCUGUCCUGUAAAAAGUAGCGUGCAGAUUUAACACAUAGUUAAAUCUUAAAAAAACAAACAUCUGCAGAUAAUUUGGGUAAAUCAACCCUAUAUCUUUCAUUAUAUAUAUAAUUUCCAUCAUCCCCCUCAUCUGUUCUUCACAUCUCGCUGUUGAUACGUCAACUUCGCUGCUAUUCCCCUGUCCCCUAUUCUCUGUCCUCACUCAUCUCUCAAUCAUAUCUGUCCCCUCUCUCUCCCUCCUCCAGCCGACCCUGUGCCCUGACCUACUCGAGCCGGUCAGCUGCAGCUGUGACCAGUGGUCAGGAGGUUAAGGCAAAGGUUGAGUGUCACGCCCACAGGGUCACAACGAUGCCUGGCUGUUGUGUUAUCCCGUGAAUGGAAGGUUGAGAGUGCCAGACGAGGUGGCGAGGCCCUGUCGCCCUGACUCUUGCCUGAGCUUGCCCUUUCCCGAGCAGAGGUCAGCGCAGAGGGCCUGUCCUCUGCACUGCCCCCAUACCUCCAGGUCACAGUCGCUAUUGUUGUAAUAGCUGCCAUUAGAGCAGAUGAUACAAUUAUUGUCCCAUUUUGUGUUGCUUCUCUCUAAGGUCUGUGCUGAGCCUCAGAGUUCAUCAAAGGUUUUCUUUUAGAUGACAUGACUGUUGUAACCUCAGGGUGACUCUUCAGUAUCAAAGGGCACAAAACAUCUAAGGUAAAAUUAGACCAGGCAACAAGGAAAGAAAUGUUGUUCUCCUAAAUGCAUUCAGUCACUUUCAAUCACUGCAUUUGUUCAGUGUUACAGCCUCAGUCUCACUUUAAUUAAAACACUGAUUUCACAUUCCAAUAUGUAGCAAGUGCGAUACAGAGGACUUCUAUGUUUGGUUAGUUGUUUUUUAUGACUUUAAACCAUUUUUCCCAGGUUCACAAUUGUAAAAUGAAAAUAGUAACCUUAACUUAAAUAUAUAAAUGGAGUGCAAUAAAUAUUUUAGCAAAAGUAUAACUCUGAGUGCUUUAAAAGCUCUGUGUUGAAUUAACACCGCCUUAACUUAACCUUGACCCGACAUGAAAGUGUAAAAGGUCUAAUCUAAUCUUUCUAAGUUUGUGCAGAUACUGUAUGUAUGUGAUAAAAUGUCCAUUGAUAUACCUGUACAGUUUUUAAUGUGCUCAAAUGACUAAGUCAGUUAAGCAAAUUAAACAAAACGCAUGGAAACUGAA